CUUAUAUGUCAACUGUCAAAUAAAAUCGCUGUGGCAUCAUUUUCUCCAUUUGUGUUUGAAGUGUUUAAAAUUUAGGGGUGAAAUUAGUGGCAUUUUAAAUGUAUUCAAACAAAAGUCGAAUGUUGUGUUGUGUUCAUUUUGGAACAAAUCAAUUUUAGUGCUGCGUAGUGCCCAAGAAAUCAGAAAAAAUGUCUGAUCCAAACGAGGGCCAUCGGCCCAUUAGUCCUGUCGAGAAAGAUAAAACGUCUUCAAGAGUGGUAAUUUCCGAUGGAGAAAUAGCUAAUUUGAACAGUUCCGAGUGGAGUAGUCAUUGGCGGCAACAGGACUCCUACAUAACGGCAUUGGAAAGACGAGCAUCUGCACAAGAAGGGGAAUUGGCUGAGCUGCGACAGGCUGCAGAUAAGAUGAAACAACAACUGAGUGAUUCCCAGCAGAGAGAGAAAUUUCUGGUUAGAAGGAUAGCAGUCAAAGAACAAGAAUCCCAAGAUCUUGUGCUUCAGCUGAACGAACUGAAGAGCAAUCAAGUACCAACAGCAGCUUCCUUGAGGAGCAUGCUGUUAGAUCCCGCCGUCAACUGUAUGUACCAGCAGUUCCGCAAGGAAAUACAAACCCUCCGUUCCAAACUGGAAGACACACAAAACGAACUAGCCGCAUGGAAAUUCACACCGGAUUCUAACACGGGAAAGAGGUUGAUGGCUAAAUGUAGACUUUUAUACCAGGAAAACGAGGAGUUGGGCAAAAUAACGAGUAGUGGUCGAAUAGCGAAAUUAGAAAGUGACUUGGCAUUGCAAAAAUCAUUCUCGGAAGAAGUCAGGCAGUCUCAGAACGAAUUAGACUCAUUCCUUGCAGAUUUGGACGAGGACGUUGAGGGUAUGCAGAGUACGAUAUUGAUAUUACAGCAGGAGUUGCGCAAAAGCAAAGAGACAGUUCAAAAUUUACAAAAAGAAAACAGUACUUUGAAAUCCGCAAAUUGUCGGGCCAAUGGUGACAGUGUGAAUAAUUGUGAACAGGAACGGACGACAGACUCUGAGUCAGAGGGCGAAAGGACUCGAGCAAAACGGGUGCGCAGAUCUUCAGUCUUGAGCAUCAAUUAUAACGAGGAUGAUACACUUGUUAUUAACACAAACGGUGAUGUUGCCAUGACUUCCGAUCCCGAGUAAAUUCGCUUUUUCCAUCUCUCAGUGUCUGGUUUGAAUUUGAAUUUUUCGAGUGAAAAGGACUAUGCCGCCAUAUUUUUAUUAUUUUGAAGCAGUAGCCUCUAAUCCAUAUCGCAUAAAUCGAAUAUAAUAUCUUGAAUUGACCAAAAGUAUCAACAAGUUGUUCAUUUUCUAAAAUAAACAAAAUGAAGUUUAAUUAUCAUAUCUAAUUUUUGCAUUCAAACUAAUAUAAUCAGUUUUACAAUGAUUAAUUAAAUGAAGCGAAUCUAAGCUUAAUAUAUAGAAAAAUAUUUUUUCUAAAAUGAUCUAGUGAAUUAGAAAACUUUAGUUACGUCAGUAAUUAUUAUGACUCAUUUAGCCCAAUGAAAACUUGACUACUUGAUUUUUUACUUUGUUAAUUUUAGUGGGUAGUAUCCAACUAAAGAGUCUUGAUCUGUUGAAACAUAAAAUCUUGAACAAGUUUUCAUUGAGCUACCUAACAUUUUUGAAUUAUCUGAUUUUCAACAUCGUUUACUUCAUUUCAAAUCUCUAAAAUUUUAAUAUUGAUUGAAAUAAAUAGAAAUGUAAUUAUUUUUAUUGUAUUGUUGCCUAAAAAAGAAUUGAAUUGAAGUAAUGGAAUUGGAAAUGAGAAAAUAGUAGGCUGCUGUUCUAUUGAUUUUUAAUUUUCAACUCGAGGCAAAGAAUCAAUUUAUAAUUCUGACAUUGGGAGAUGAGAAUGUCAGGUUAUUUGAAGUUGGAGUGAGUGACUUUGGAAAUACCCAUAUAAACUGAUGAACAGUAUAUGAAAUUGUACAUGAAUUACUUAGAAAAUUGUGUUUUUUUUUCUAUUAAUCCUGUGAAAUGAAAUCAAAAUAAUUUGUGCUACACAAUAAAUUAAUUAUCUGCAGAGCAGACAAAAAUAUAUAUUUGAGUAGUGCUGAUUGGAUUAUUGCUUUUCAUCAGUGAUGAAAUGGAACGAAAUUUUUUAUCGAACAUCUCACAUGAUUUUAUGAUGAAAGACAGAGUUAAAAUCGUUUAUUUUAUACAUAGAAUUUCAAUAAAUAAUUGAAGAAGUU